AUGAACUCUUAUUUCGAACAAAGUGGCUUCUACGGAAGCCACCAUCACCAGGGCACCGGUGCUGUCUCUGGGGCACAUCAUCAUGACCACCAGAGUGUUACUGCAGCUGCAUACAGAUCGUUUCCACUUAGUCUAGGUAUGUCAUCUCCAUAUGUCUCUAGCCAACACCAUCACGCACAUUCGUUACACCAAGCCCGUCCACCGCAAGAUUCUCCAUACGACGCUUCCGUAGCAACAGCUUGUAAAUUAUAUUCCUCGUCUUCAGAUGGCCAACAAAAUUCGGUAAAUUACAGUUCGGCAAACUCAAAAUCAGACUGUUCCAAAGUAAAUGCGGAUCAAAACGGAUAUGCUUCAGUGGUAGCUGCAGCUUCGGCUGUUAAAGACGUUUGGAGUGCAACCUCCGGUGCUGGUGCAAAUCUUUCAAAUAGUCUAACUGGUCCCGUACGUCCAGCCGCGUGUACACCAGACUCUAGGGUGGGUUACGGUUCCUCGGUGGGCCUCGUCGGGGGAGACCCGUCCACUAGUCCUGGGGCAGCAACAGGAGGAAGAACUUCAAAUUCCCUGUCGUCUUGGAACAACCCCUGUUCACUGAAUUCCUCAUCAUCGCAACCGGUUGGCACUCAAAUCCAUCAACAGACGAAUCACACAUUCUAUCCCUGGAUGGCAAUAGCAGGAGCAAAUGGUCUCAGGCGAAGAGGUCGUCAAACGUAUACGCGAUAUCAGACGCUCGAACUAGAAAAAGAAUUCCACACGAAUCACUACCUGACACGGCGGAGGCGAAUCGAAAUGGCGCAUGCGCUCUGUUUGACGGAACGACAGAUAAAAAUUUGGUUUCAAAAUAGGCGCAUGAAGCUGAAAAAAGAAAUCCAAGCCAUCAAAGAACUGAAUGAACAAGAGAAGCAAGCGCAGGCGCAGAAAGCAGCGGCAGUUGUUGCGGCGCAGGUGGUAGAGCAAAACUAG